AUGAUUACAAACUGGCUAACUUGGAUUAGUAGAGCCCAGUUAGGUGGUUAUUUCCUUGGUAUCUUGGGAUCCAUUAUGUGCAUCACUUCAACAGCCACCGAACAUUGGAGAAUAUGGCACGUAGAAAGUCAGGACGGCAUGUACCCGGGCGUGGUGUGGAUCGGAAUCUGGAGGGCCUGUUACCUGCGCAGCACUCAUCCCGAAAAAAGGUACGUCCACUGCGAGGAAUUCACCGAAGACCUGAGGAUGCUGCCCAAGGAAAUCUUUUUGGCUCAAGAUCUGAUGACCUUGAGCUGCAUUGUAGGGGCCGUGGCCAUCACCCUCAUGAGCUUUGCCUUAGGGAUUGUGGUCAAAGAGAUCAGACAAAAAAAAAAUCUGUUCACCUUGUUCACUGUGGGAGGUUUUCUGAACUUCCUAGCAGGAAUUAUGGUUUUCAUUCCAAUUUUCUGGAACCUGCAUUCCAUCUUGGAGAACAGAGACAUCCAGUUUCCCGAGUCCUUCAAAAUGCCUACACUUCCAAAGAGCCAGGAGGUUGGAGCUGCUAUUUACGUUGGCUAUAGUGCUGCCGUUUUUUUCCUGGCGAGUGGCAUUAUGAUUAUCUGUAAUAAAAGUGUUUUGCAAAUACAUGCAGAAAAUGCUUCACCCCCAACCAAUGUAUCACUGGCGACAACCCAGUUUAGUGCAAACUUUGGUUCCUCGGUGAUAAUUAACGUAACCAACAGAGAGGAGCUUGAGUCCAGUCUCGAUAAGUUAACAUCUGUCCAUUAUUUGGAUAUAAAUCAAGAUUCGUCACAAUCUAUUCAUCCUCAACAGCUUUAG